AUGGCAGGCUUGAAUGUCUCUAUUGCUUUUCUUUUCCUCACCAUAGGCAUCUGCGAGGCAGGCAGGCAGCUUUCCAAGCGACUGCUCUCUCUUGGAGUGUACUGUUCUCUCGCCAGAGAACUUGCUGGCUCGUUACAGUUGUGUGCAGGCUGUCUUGAACUGAGGAUGCUGAUGGACAUUGGCCUGUGGGGUGGUGGCUUUGGCCCGGACGUGACCCUCACUCUGCUCUUUCUUCUCUUCGUGGCUCAUGGUGCCUCGUUCGAUGGAGCAUCUGCUAAUCCGACGGUCUCUCUCCAGGAAUUCCUUGUCCGGGACUCCGGCUUGGCAGCAACUGCUGCCAAGCUUCUCGCCCAGUUCAUGGGCAUGGGUCUGGGAUGGGUUAUCACUAAGUACUACUGGUCCUGGGAGCUGACGGAUUUCCACCUCAUCCAGAACCUCAUGUCUCUGGAAUGCAGUUCCUCCCUCCAUACGUCCUUGUCUCACGGUGUCUUUGUGGAAGGUCUCUGCUCUUUUUUCUUCCAUCUAGUUAUUCUCAAGUUCCACCACAGUCGCCCAAUGUACCGUGUCCCUGUCCUGGCAGCAACUGUCACCCUGCUGGCUUAUACAGCUGGGCCGUUCACAGGGGCCUUCUUCAACCCCGUCCUUGCCACGGCCGUUACCUUCCACUGCGCAGGGAGCAGCCUGCAGGAGUACGUCCAGGUGUACUGGCUGGGACCCCUCGCAGGGAUGCUUGCUGCCCUCUUGCUGUACCAAGGGAACAUCCCACGGCUCUUCCAGAGAAACCUGCUCUACAGUCAGAAGAGCAAAUACAGGAUACCCAAGGCGAGAGCGGCCCACGGAUCGGGAGACAGCAAGGAGCAGGAGCGGAAGAAGAAAGGGGAGAAGAGCAACGUGGAGAUGAGUGCCUGA